AUUACCAGGUGAGUGCGGGAUGUGCGUCUUACACGUCAUCGGCCAGGGGACCGAGUGCCACUGAUUAAUAGUGCAGAAGCGUGUUUUGGACCCACCGAAAGUCGAACCUACUUGGCCGCCUUAUCACCGAAAUAACUCCAAGCCAUGAAGUCGCAAGGUUACCAAUUACACUAAUGGCUGUAUCUUCUGCCAGGUGUCACCAGGUAGGAGCCCCUUCGCUGCACAGCGAUGCCAGCACUCAGCGCUUUGGACUUCCGCCGGCAAGACGUUCCGAUGGCCAUGAAGAAGCGAUAUGUCAAACGGAUGGUGCGCAGGAUCGUCCUGUUCCUGGUGGCCAUCGCCAGCGUUUCCCUGGUGACCUCCUGGAUUGUGGAGCGGCGGAUGCGGCACUCGGCGGACCCGGGGGAGAAGCUCGACCCCAACGGCGAUCCCAUAACACCAGUCUUCAGAGCGGCCGACGUGCAUCCCACCCGCAAGGCGCCGCGACCUCCGUUCCAGGAUCGCAACUCCGUCGUGGAGCUGCCGAAGAGCGACAAGAUCGUGGGCUUCCGACUGCCGGAGCCUGAAGGAGAGCGCAAGGACUGGCACGAUUACGCGCAGAUGGAGGCGGACAGAAAAAGAUCCGGUUUCGGUGAGCACGGAGCGGCAGUCCACGUGGAAAACCCCGACGAUAAGGAGCUGGAAACCGAGAUGUACCAGCUGAACGGCUUCAAUGGCCUCCUUUCGGAUCGCAUCUCCGUCAACCGAUCUGUGCCGGAUGUCAGACUCGAGGCCUGCAAGAACCGGAAGUACCUGGCCAAGCUGCCCAACAUCAGUGUGAUUUUCAUCUUCUUCAACGAGCACUUCAAUACCCUUUUGAGAUCCAUCUACAGUGUGAUUAACCGCACUCCUCCCGAGUUACUCAAGCAGAUUGUCCUCGUGGACGACGGCAGCGAGUGGAUCAGCCUGAAGCAACCACUGAACCACUAUGUGGAUCAGCACUUUCCUCAACUGGUGACCAUAGUGAGAAAUCCAACGAGAAGAGGUCUCAUUGGAGCGAGGAUAGCUGGAGCCAAAGCGGCCCGCGGCCAAGUUAUGGUUUUCUUUGAUUCCCACAUCGAGGUUAACUACAAUUGGCUUCCUCCUCUGAUCGAACCCAUUGCCAUUAACCCGAAAAUAUGCACUUGUCCCAUUGUGGAUGUCAUUUCCCAUGCGGACUUUGCCUACACGGGUGGCCACCAGGAAGGAGCUCGUGGGGGAUUCGAUUGGUCGAUGCACUACAAGCAACUGCCCGUUCUCCCCGAGGACGCCGUGGACAAGUCCCAGCCGUUCCGAAGUCCCGUGAUGAUGGGCGGCCUGUUUGCUAUCAGCACGGACUUCUUUUGGGACCUGGGCGGCUACGACGACCAGCUGGACAUCUGGGGCGGGGAGCAGUACGAGCUGAGCUUCAAGGUGUGGAUGUGCGGCGGCAUGUUGCUGGAUGUUCCCUGCUCGAGGGUGGCGCACAUUUUCAGGGGACCCAUGAGGCCAAGGGAGAACCCAAGGACACACAACUUUGUGGCCACGAACCACAAACGGGUGGCUGAGGUGUGGAUGGACGAGUACAAGGAGUACGUGUACGCCCGCAACCCAGGGACCUACGAGAACCUGGACGCCGGGAACCUGACCCGGCAGCGCGGGGUUAGGGAGCGCCUGAGGUGCAAGAGCUUCCACUGGUUCAUGACGGAGGUGGCGCCCGACUUCCUGGAGAAGUUCCCCCCCGUGGAGCCGCCGAGCUACGCCCACGGAGUGAUCCAGAACGUGGCCAACCAGCUCUACUGCCUGGACAGCAUGGGCAGGGGAAACCACGAGGCGGUGGGGAUGUUCGCCUGUGCGGAGAACAAGACCAACCCGCAGCCGAAUCAGUUCUGGGAGAUCUCCUCGCACCGCGACGUGCGGAUGAGGCACUUCGACUCCGUUUGCCUGGACGUCCAGCAACAGCCGCCGAACGCCACGGUAUGGAUGUGGAACUGCCACAGCCAGGGGGGCAACCAGUUCUGGUACUACGACAGGGAGACCCAGUGGCUGAUCCACGGGGGAACCGAGGACCGCUGCAUGGAGGGACUGCUGGAGGACGGCGUGGCCUCCGUGGUGGUCAACCACUGCGAGAGGGACAACCCGCGACAGCGCUGGCAGUUCGGGUUCGUCAACCACACGAUGAUGGACAGCUUCUUCGAGGGACUGAAGUAGUCGUCCCUUGAACAAGCCACUCCCACUUAAGUAAACUAUACGUAUAGUACAGCCACAUGUCGAUCGGCCGAGUUCGGGGACCCCGCUCGUCACGGGUUUAGUUCAUUGAUCGGUGCGAAGGUUCCUCGAAAUAAGUUCGCCAAGUAGAUUUCAUUCUUCCAUUAAUUCUUGCCCCAUGCAUUAUUGAUAUAUGGCAGCGGAAAGUGAAAGAUCUGGACGGCCAGAUCGCAAUCGGAGCGAAGAUUCUGUCCGAUCGCAAGCCACAAACUCUGCGUUUUAUUCGCUGUGCAUACACUAUCUUUAGGUAUUUUGAAGAGGGGUAUGGUUGUAUCUAGAAAAUUUAUACCUCACCUUAUACGCAUUUCUUUAUUGACAGUAAUAUGACUCAGAUAUAUACGUAAGUUCAGUUUUUGUUGUAUUUUUGCCUUUGCUAAACGAAGUAUUAACUAUUUAAUCAGUUCUGUAAAAGAUUCUCUAAAUAAACCAUUCGUAAGGGCAUUUGAUGCUCUCUGUAGUAUA